AUGACUAACUCUAUUGUUUUCUUAUGUAGGGGAAGACCUAGUUGUGAUUCCUAUUCAGACUGUGAAAUAUGCACGGAACACAAAUCAUGGAAUGGGUUUAGAUGUCGCUGGUGCCCAUUAGAUGAAGAAUGUCACGCAUAUGCAUCUCUUCAGAACUCAUGCUGGGAGGAACAUAAUGUCAAGCAGCCGUCAGAUUGUUCAGCAUACAAUAAGCCGUAUGGUGUGUACGACCCGGAAAUUGCAUAUUCAGCUACUCUUCUGUCAGCGAUAGCUUAUUCCGAUACUCCGACAAAAUGCAUGAAUAGCAUUUUUCCUGAUGGUGGCUUUGAACUAUUAUACGCUAUUGGUCGCAGAUGCGAGGACCUUUCUUUGUUUGAAUAUGAGGAAUGUUAUACGUACACAGGUAUCUCGCAUAAAAUGAAGAUGUUAGUACUUGCCUAUCGUGGGACUACUACUACUUACGGAAAACAACAACUCUACGAUGAAAUCGUUUCAGUUUUGGCAACACCAAAAACAUCAUUUUUGGAGUUAGGUGAAGUUCAAUAUUAUUUUAAACAAGCACAUGACAAACUGUUCCCAUGUGUUCGCAGUAGUAUAGAAGAAAUAGUCCGGCAAAAUCCGGAUUAUGAUGUUGUAAUAACUGGCCAUUCACUUGGUGGAGCGAUAGCUUCACUUUCUGCCGCCUCACUUAUAUAUACAGGCAUUGUACGUGAAAAUAAAUUGUCUUUGUACACAUUUUGA